UCAAAUGUAAAUGCUCCCGUCUGGCCAAUCCACUGAAGGCGGGGCGGGGUUGUGGAAGUAGUUCUGGUCAAGUUAGUUCGGCCUCGCAGACGGUGACAAAACAGUUGCGCUUUCUUCCUCAUUCACUCGUUUACAAGUUCUCCUGCAGAAAACAGAUCGAACGCAGCCAUGUCGAAGGAUCCAAAUAAGCCAAGGGGAAAAACCUCCUCCUAUGCUUUCUUUGUCGCGACGUGCCGCGAGGAGCACAAGAGGAAACACCCCGGGACCAGUGUGGGCUUCUCCGAGUUUUCCAAGAAAUGCUCCGAGAGAUGGAAGACCAUGUCAGCCAAGGAAAAGGUGAAAUUCGAGGAUUUGGCCAAGAACGACAAGGUCAGGUAUGACCGUGAGAUGCAAACAUACAUCCCUCCAAAGGGUACCAAGAAGGGCAAGAAGAAGAAGGACCCCAACGCCCCAAAGAGGCCACCCUCUGCUUUCUUCGUGUUCUGUUCCGAUCACCGUGCCAGGAUCAAGGAGGAGCACCCUGGUAUCUCCAUUGGUGACAUUGCCAAGAAGCUUGGCGAGUUGUGGUCUACACAGACCCCCAAGGACAAGGUUCCAUUUGAAGCAAGGGCCGCAAGACUGAAGGAAAAAUAUGAGAAGGAUGUCGCUGCCUAUAAAGCCAAAAGUGGUUCUGGGAAGAGCGAUGCUGGUAAGAAGAGCGGCCCAGGCAGGCCCCCUGCCAAGAAAGCACAACCAGUUCACGACGACGAUGAUGACGACGACGACGACGACGACGACGAGGAAGAUGAUGAUGAUGACGAUGAUGAUGACGAUUAAACAGUUUAUGUUAAAGGAUGUGAAGUUUGCAAUGAAUUGUUCAGCUUAACUCGGUUUUGUGUGAUUCCAACAGUAUAGCCUGCUGUCCCUGUUGGUCUGCCUCUGUAGGAUACCAGACCUUUUCUAAUUCAGGGAUUUAGUUUUUAUAUUGUCACUUAGCCCCAUUUAUGAUUUUGUUUUCCCCCUGGCUGAACAUGGGUUCGUUACAUUUUUAGAUCCUUGUUGCUAUCUAAACGUGCAGCCAGACAUGAACUUCCUGUGAUAAUACAAUGGACUGAAACUCCUGUACAGGCAGUGGACAGCAGCAAAUCAGUAAAGUUUUAAAGUUAUUGUUUCUGGAAGCACUGCUUAUGUUUUUCUGUUUGGUGGUGCUGUGUCACUAGUCCUUAAACUGCCAGGAUUUAUCUGUAGUUUGAUUAAAUGUUUGCAGCCAUUUUUAAUGUCGAACUUUAAAAAACUUUCAUGUAGAAUGAUUUUUUUUUUUUGUAAUAAAAGUUUGUAUAUUGAA